AUGCGCCAGCCCCUCCCGCAGGACACGCACGAGCACGCACACACCCCGCCCCCGCCCCUCCACCCCAUUGCGUGGACAGACUCGCGCGAAUACCACGAGGACGAGCCCGGAUACUUCCCCAGUGCCCCCGUGACGCCCAGCGACCCUACAGCCCCCGUCGCAACCAUGCCAGAGCCCUCGCCGAUCGCUGAACACCCCGAGCACGCCGACGAACCUUCUCCCGUCGACAACCUUGCUCAACAGCCUGGGCGAGCCUCGGUACCCACCAUACGCCUGCCAAAGCGCGACAGCACGCUGCCGCCUCUCCCAUCGCCCAGCGAAACAGCGACCGUCCCAUCGACUAUUCGCGACCCCUCCGCCCCCGCCACUCCUUCCACAGUUGCCCGGGGACCGAUCUUCGCGCCCACCCCAGCUAGACCACGGUCUGCGAUGCCCGCCGUGUCCGCGUCCGUCACGCCUGUUGCAGGCCCGUCGCAGCGUCAAGGACAAGGGACCUCUUCCGACGAGUCGCCGACGGAAGACCACGUCCUCCUCCAGCGCCCCGCCGCUCAGCCUGGCGAUCGUCCUCGCGUCAACCACCGUCGCGCGGUGAGCGCUAGUCACGCGGCGCACCUCUCUGACGGCGGCCUCGCAUACCCCGCGCUCAGCUACAAUGGAUCGAGGCAUAAGAGACACGACAGGCCGGACAGACCGUCAUCGGCUGCCUUGGUGGGCGUAGGCCCGGGCCCGUACCCGGGAUUGUCGCGACGGUCGACGCUAGACUACGUUGUUCCUACAAUGGAUCCGGAGAAGAGGGGCUCGAUGGUCCUGUCGGACACGUCGGCGCGAGAGAGAACCGUGGGCGAGCGUCUAGGGCCUACCCUCAAGCAUGCGUUGAAGGAACGCACUAUCGCAGAGAGAAAAGCCAAAAUAUCGGGCUACGCACUGAAUGUCUGCAUCGGCCUCCAAGUCGUCCUCGGCGCGAUCACGACAGGCGUUGCCGCCGCCUCCACCACUUCCCGUACUUCCACAUCCGUCGGCAUACCAAUCCUCGGCGGCCUCUCGACACUCGCCGCCUCGUAUCUCGCGCGCGCCCGAGGGUCCGGCGAGCCGGAGAACAGCAUCGUGCGCGCGCACGACCUGGAUCACUUCUACGACAGGGAUGUGCAGCAGUACCGCAUGCGGUUCGAGGAGAUCAUGGGACACUCGGUCGGGAUGAACAACACGCAGACGAAGGAGCAGCUCCAUAUGGGGGACCCGCCAACGGCUGGGCGAGCGCGAGUGCGGAUGGACGCCCGCCGGUGA